AUGUCCGACAAUUCAACACAACAGAACACAUCGACCCCGAGUCGACCGCCGAACAAGCAUCGACAAACUCGAAGCAGUCCACAAGUCCCUACUACCGGCACCGGAAAAAAGAACAACAAUGUCAACAAUAACAAGGGACGCCGAUUCAACAACCCAAAUAAUGGCCAACAGUAUCAACAUCAGCAACCACCACGACAAGAGUCCGCCCUAACCAAGAAGUUCCGCGAGGCUGCUCAAAUGGACAACGGUGCAGCUUCUGACUCUGCCAUAAACUCUGUUGUCGAAAGGGGCAUUGUAACCCCUCCUGCUACACCCGGUUCUUCCAACCAUCGUCGGGAACCCAAUGCCUACGUUAGUGACUCGGCUAUCGGUGCUCAUGCCAAUGGAAACGGGAAAAAGAAUUUCAACAACAAGAAAAAGGGCAAAGGGAAGCGUGGCACCGACAUUCCAAACAAUGUCAAUGUUCAGCACUUCACACCUCCCAAACAACAGUACACGCCUCCCGAUGAUCUCUUUUUCGGAAAACCUGCUGCUGCUGGCCGCUAUGCUGGAGCUAUCUUCCAUGAUGCAUCACCAGCCCCGAAUGCUCUCCCCCUUCCCAAAUUCUUUUCAAAGUCCGUUCCCACAACUACUGAAGGUCCAUCUCUGUCCAAGAUGCUUGCCGAAACCGAUGGUCGCACUCAAGUGAUCACAGACUCGCCUCCACCAACUGCCCCACUUCGCACUCCUUUGGAUAUCUUUUUCCAGGCCGACAAGGAAGAAAAGGCUCGCAAAGCGCUUGCUGCCAUCUCUCAAAAUGAAGUGGUCUCGCCUCAGCCAUUGGCAAACCCUGCUAAUGAGUUGCACAACAUUGUUCGAAAUAUCACCCCGCCCAGUGCUGCACUCCCGAAUGGACUCGGUAGUCCAUUCGGAGGUAAGUCGGUUAAACGGGAUGAUAUGGAAAACGACCGUGAUAUGCUGUUCACCAUGGAUUUCUCUGAUAAGAAGGCAGCCCCGCGACCUGUGGAAGAAGUCGUCAUAGGACCACGACACCGACCACUUAGCGCCAAGGCAUGCGACCCUGAGACACACAUCAAGCGAACUGAGAAGGCCAACCAGAUUAAAGCUGCACUUAUGGGAGGGGGUCAAUCAUUCGAUCUUUCGUCUCCUUCACCCAACCCGAAGCUCAACGCUGUUGAAAUUCCUGACACUGCUGGAGGUGUACCAUUGUCUCCCACCAUCCACGAGCGACGCACUCGAACAAACAACGUGGGGUUUGCGCCGGCCCCACGCAUUCGCCACUUCAACCAGAACCGUCCCGUCAACUCAAAGGCUAACGGUCAACACCAUCGCAACGGACGAAACCAACAACAACAACAACAACAAAAUUUCAAUCACAACGUCCAAAAUAAUUUCCAACAACCCAAUGGUCAUAAUGCUCAGACAUUCGACCCAGUUCGAGCUCGUAUGGCGGAAUCUCACAUCCGCGGUGUUUUAAAGCUCGACUCUCCAAUUCCUGCUAUUUAA